UUAACAGUUUCCAAAUACUUCCUUAUAAUAAUUUUAAAAAUAUCGAGUGGCAAAUCAAUGAGUCGAAGAUUGUUAUUUUGAACAAAAUAAGGUGGCAUCACUCGAAUAUUUUAUUCAAUUUAAUUUAGGCAUGUUGGUUGUGUUAUUUGUGAAUAUUAUCCUUUUCAAUAAUUUUGUAGAAUAAUAUCGAAGUAAUGAUUGAAUACUAAUUAUUUUGUGUCGUAUUUAAAGUAAUAUCAAUUUUUUUUAAAUAAUACGUAAGCAAAUUUAUAUUAGUGUACUACAGUGCAUAAUUCUGCAUUGCUAGUUGAAAUAUGCUGGUGGUAUCAAAACGAACUAAAAUGGGCCCAUGAAUGAAAGGAAAUAGGCGAAAUCAUAUGUAUGUAAAAAUGCAGAAUGAAAUUUUUUCUGAAGACAUAAAUGCCGGCACUCACUCGGACAUUGCUCCAAACUCCACACCUGUAUAUGAUAUCGCUGAAUUGGUGACUAUUAAUCGUGGAAAAGGCAAUUAUACUUGUGUAGGGGCUGAUAUUAUAUUAAGAGAUCGUCAUAAAUGGUACGGAGGUCGAAGCAAUUGGAACGUGCAAAAUGGAAACCAGGUGAAGUGGUCACGUAAAAAUAUCACUGCGACAAUGGAAAGAUUUGAACCUACAGGUGAUCCUCCUCGAUCUCCAUGUUUAAAUUAUGGACUUGCUGCCACCGUUGUUGCCUCGAUUAAAGAAGAAACAGAUGAUGUGCAAAUUUUAAACCCUUUCAAUGGAACAUCAAAAGAUAUUGAGUCCCUGGGCGCUGUUGAUUCAGUAGAUCACGUUUAUUCGUACGCUUAUUAUGAGCCUCGAGUAGUGAAAUGUCAUACAAAUAUCUCUCAGAAAGAAAUAAUAGGAAAAUGUAAGAAUGAACAGAUGAAUUCUCGGCAAAAUAUAUUGUUAAAAGGGGUUCGUUCUAAAGCAAGUAGGUUCGAUAAAGCAUAUUUUUCCUUGGACGAUCGUCAUACUUAUACAACCCAUUAUGGAACAAUGGAAAAUUUGUAUGAAGAAGUUAACGAAAAAAGUGUAAAAAAUGUACUUUGUGACAAUCGUAUUUCAAUAUCUGCAAAUAGCGUGAAAGAAGAAAUUUUACGUGUACAACGCAAUCACUUCCGAGUAUUAGAAGAGCUUAAUUUAUCACUGGAAGCUUUAAUUAUGCCACCUAAACUGACCUCAAGCAACUUAAGGGAAACUGCAGAAAGUAUUGUGCACUGUCAAGGGGCUGGAAGCGGUUUGUCGUUGGCUGUAGUGACCUCAAAUAAAAUAUUACCUCAGAAACGUAAAUUUGGUUUGAUUGGAGGAGGUUUAUCUUCCUUAUCUUUAUCAGGUCAUCGCAAUAAAUUUUCAAGUACAAGCAUUGAAGAUGUUGCAGAGACUUUUCAAUCGAUGGACCUAAAAGAUAGUUGCCAAAAUUCGUUUAAUAAUGUGGAAGUUGAUGAAGAAGAUUUGGACAGCGGAUUUAGUGGUAGUGGCAUUAGUAGCGGUGCUAGUUACAAUGAAAGCUUACGGUACAAUAAAACUAGUGGUACCCCGAAGACACGCCACAAUGCUUUUCCAAAAAACUCCUAUUGUUCAUCCCCACCGUCAAAUGAGUUUACAAGAAAAAAUAAUAUGACAUCUCAAAAAUCUACCUCUGAAACAAAUAAACAAUAUAGCGAAAAUUUGCUACCAAAGAUAAAAGGUCAUGAAAUCACUUCAUUUAAUAGUUCUCAUCAUUAUUUGGAUUUGAAUCAUUUAUAUAUGCGUUCAACACCAAAAGCACUUUCAACUAGUUCUAAAUAUGCAAAUAACUUUUAAACUGAAAAUCCGUGAAAUUGUGCUUAUCUUACUAAAAGCACAAUAAAACAAGAAAAACGUUAACUUCGGCUGCACCGAAGCUAUAAUACCUUUCAGGUCAGGUACAUUUCUUAUAGCGUAAAUGUUCGGUCAGUUUAUAUGGCAGCUAUAAGCUAUAGUUGUCCGAUACCGACGAUUUCAACAGCUUCUUGGGGAAAGAAGGACGUGUGCAAAGUUUCAGAUCGAUGGCUCAAAAACUGAGGGACUAGUUCGCGUAUAACAGACGAACCACUACCGCUACCACAAAUAUUAAACUUUCAAAAAUAUAAGUAAAAAUUCGUGUCAUUUACCUAUUGAUAUAAGAUAACACUAAUUAAAUUUAAUGAUUAAUUAUUGUAUUUAAAAACAGAAUGUUUGUUACGCUUUAAAACAAAAUAUAUUCUCUAGGUCUUGUGAAAAAAAUUAUUUCGGCAGAUAAUAUUGUUUGUCGAAAAAUUUCAAAAUGUAACAAAUUUAACAAUGUAACCGUUAUUUGUUUUUGUUAAUAAUCUUUGGUUUUUAUUUAGGGAAUUCGCACGCGAGAAGAUAGUUUUAUAAUAAAUGGAAGAGGGACUUGUUUUUGAGAAGGUUUUUUAUAAUAUUAAUUUGAUUUUCCCGGAAAUUAUAUGCUUUCUAGAACAAAAUAACCCACUAUUUUUGCUGUGUAGAAUAUUUUGAGGAUGCUGCUCGAAAAAUUUCAGUGAAACGCAACGGGACUAUGGGAUAAGCAUGUGUUAUUACUAUGUUUGUUCGUUCAUACUUUAAAUUAUUCGGUUUUCACUUAUUCAUUAUUAUAUUUAUUACUUCCUUAUUUUUUACUUCCAGUUAAUUAUUUCAUGACGCUUACGUUAUUUUCGAAUACAAAGAAGGUUAUGUGUCGUUUGCAUUGUACCAUAUAUUUUAGUUAUACUGAACUGAGUUUUGAAAUAUUUGGCGUAGAUGCGUUUAGUUAUAUACUUGUACAAAAAAAAAUCGAUAUAAAGUCGGCUCCCUUAUUUUCGCAGGAGGGGCUCCAUAUGAUAAGCUAUUUACUAAAUUUAUUGAGAUAACAUUUCUGCCUUUAUGAUACAAUAAUAUACAGUAAUAAAUUUAAAACAUAAGUUUUAAAACAGCAUCCCUAUGUCGAAAUUAACUGACCAGACUUCAGGUUUGACAAUAUACUCUCCCAACUUUCCGCCCCCUGUCCUUUUGCAUCAUUUUCUAAGUAUUUCGGAAUGAAGUCAAAGUGUGCGAGGAUUCCUAAGUGCCCAGCCUCAGCUUCUCUGAGUUUGUAGGCAACUUUUGCAGACUUAUACCUUCGAGCGAGUACAGAGUCUGGCAAAAUAAUUUUUUUAACAAAAAUAUAUAAUUUAUUUUUAAUAAUAAUCCUUUCUAAUACCAUAUGGCAUGUAUGUGUACAAAGUUUCAUGAUGAUCGGUUACAUAGUUUCGACGUGAAAGCGUAACAAACAUAUUUACAUUCACAUUUAUAAUAUCAGUAUGGAUUUUUAUAUAAUAUAUUCAUUAAUACUUUUACAAUUUUUAUGAACUAAUAUAUUAUACACCUCGAAAUACUGGGCGUUUGUACUGCGUACGGCGUA